AUGGCCGGUAAUUGUUCGGAGGGAUUGGGGGAUGAUUUUUUCGAACAGAUCUUAGCAGUGCCUGAAAGUGGAGUUGGUUAUGGGAGGAAUACUACAGGCAUGGAUCAUGUUGGAGGUGUGUUGCAACUCGGGUCCACACCUGGAAUAAUGCCGUUGGGGUUGAAUUUGGAGCAAACUCAUCAUGGGUUUCUCAGACACCAAGAUGCUGCAACAAGGUUUGUUGACAACAUUGUUGAUGUUGAAACCAGUAUUACCAACGGUAACAACAACAACAACCAUCAUCAUCUUCGUCUUCAUGAUAUCAAUAACAAUAAUAAUACUUCUUCCUCACCCUCUUCUACUCCCGGAAUCACUGAUAGGGAUUCGAUGCAGCACAUGAGGGGUUUGUUUUCAACGUUUGGACAAAUGCAUACUCCCACUCAUGCUCAGCCUGUACGUCCCAUGCUCCCAUCUCCAACUCCUCAACCACAGAUCCAUCUUCACCAUCAACACCAACAACAGCAUUUUCAGAGCCAGCAACCAAAUCCAGCAUCUGUUACUGCCAUGCCACAGCAACCGCCUGGCAUCCGCCCUCGAGUUCGAGCAAGAAGAGGCCAAGCUACGGACCCCCACAGCAUUGCUGAGCGGCUGCGUCGUGAAAGAAUUGCGGAAAGAAUGAAGGCGUUACAGGAAUUAGUCCCCAGCAUCAACAAGACAGACAAAGCAGCUAUGCUUGAUGAAAUCGUUGAUUAUGUGAAGUUCCUUAGGCUCCAAGUUAAGGUGUUGAGCAUGAGUAGACUUGGUGGAGCUGGUGCAGUUGCUCAACUUGUAGCUGAUGUUCCUGUUUCUGCAGUUGAGGGGGAGGACAUAGAAGGCGGAACCAACCAGCAAGCCUGGGCGAAGUGGUCGAAUGAUGGAACAGAACAACAAGUUGCUAAACUCAUGGAAGAAGAUGUUGGUGCAGCCAUGCAACUUCUUCAAUCAAAAGCACUUUGUAUCAUGCCAAUAUCUCUAGCCUCAGCAAUUUUUCGUAUGCCUCAAUCAGACUCGUCAUCAAUCAUCAAGCCUGAAUCAAACAACCACACAUAG